GGAAUAAGAAAGUGCCAUUUGUGUCACUCGACUGACGUAAGUUAUAUGCUUAGUGAUGGGGUCACCGAACUCUAAUAUCCCCACUCUUAUUAUGCAGCUAUGUCCUUUUCUAUUAUUUCUAUUGGUGGAAACGCGCUCUUGGACCCACCACGAUUCUCUAUACGCGUCUUCUCUUCGGAGCAAAUCCUUCCCAUUUCAUCAACUUCCAAGGUUACCAUAUCCGGUCUUUGAACCUCUUCCACACUCGUCCCCGGUUCCGGAUAUCCUUCUUAUGAGACCGGGCCGGUUGAACUCCUUCUCGGUUGGGUAUCAUGAUAUCCCUGUCUUCCGAUCAUGAAUUUGGAUAGGACCCCGUCAAUUCCCUGGUCGUACAGCUCCGCUGCUCCUCGGCACCAUCCCCCGUCCCCGUUUCAAUCCCCGAUUUAAUAAAUACCGGGGUGGUCUGGCUAUUCAUACUGCCGAGAAUGUCUUCGCCCCGUUUUCAGGCAUCUUCGCCGGUUCACGGUACCGGUCGCCGGAAGUCUCAGUUCACAUACAGGCAACUAGGCCUAUUAUCAUCUUACUCUAUCUCGUCUCCUCUACGUGUCAUCGCACACAUCGAUUUAGACGCAUUCUACGCACAAUGUGAGAUGGUACGCCUAGGUAUCGCCGACGAUCAACCUCUAGCUGUCCAACAAUGGCAAGGACUUAUCGCUGUCAACUAUCCCGCACGCAGUUUCGGCAUAGGUCGACACUGCACUAUUACUGACGCAAAGAAGCUCUGCCCAAAGCUCAUCUCUCAGCAUGUCGCUACCUGGAAGGAGGGUGACGAGAAAUGGGCAUACCAUGACGACGCAGCAUCUCAUAUUGGAACUCACAAGGUUUCUUUAGAUCCCUACAGGCUUCAGUCACGAAAAAUUCUCGCAAUCAUCAAGGAAAGUUUACCACCCAACAUGCAGAAGGUCGAGAAAGCGAGUGUAGACGAGGUCUUUGUUGACCUAUCCGAGCAUGUGCACUCGAUCCUCUUAGAAAGGUUUCCUGAACUCGCCAACCCUCCUCCUUAUGACGACCCCACGGAGAAGCUGCCUCUUCCUCCGGUCACUGCCCUUGACUGGCAAGCCGAUGCUCUCGUUGACCUGGAAGAUGCAGAAGCCGAGGUAGAUGACCCGGACUGGGACGACGUAGCUAUCCUUAUUGGGUCAGAGAUCGUUCGAGAUGUCCGCGCCCAGAUUCGUCAAAAGUUGGGAUACACAUGUUCGGCGGGCAUAGCUGGCAAUAAAAUGCUCAGUAAGUUGGGCUCCGGUCAUAAGAAGCCCAACCAACAGACAGUCAUACGGAAUCGAGCCGUGCAGCGGUUCCUAUCUGACAUGAAAUUUACUAAAAUUCGUAAUUUAGGGGGCAAGCUUGGCGACGAGGUCGUGUCCACCUUCCAUACGGAAGCAAUUAAAGAUCUGCUGCUUGUUCCGGUGGAGCAGAUGAAGCUCAAGUUAGGAGAUGAUACUGGAGUUUGGCUCUACAACACCAUCCGUGGCAUUGACUCGAGUGAGGUCAACUCCCGUACGCAGAUCAAGUCUAUGUUAUCCGCCAAAUCCUUCAGACCCAGCAUCAAUAAUCAGGAGCAGGCCGUUAAAUGGUUACGGAUAUUUGCCGCAGACAUAUUCUCGCGAUUGGUCGAAGAAGGUGUUCUCGAGAACAAGAGGCGGCCAAAGACGAUCAACCUACAUCACCGUCAAGGGGGUCAGACCCGCUCACGACAGAGUAGCAUUCCCCAAGGGCGGAUCCUCGACGAGGCGACGUUGUUCGAACUCGCCAAGAACCUACUGAACCAGAUUAUCCAGGAAGGUAGGGUCUGGCCAUGCGCCAAUCUAAGCCUGAGCGUCGGUGGGUUUGAGGACGGGAUCACCGGCAACAAAGGUAUAGGCGCAUUCCUGUUAAAGGGAGACGAAGCACGCGAAUCAAGAGGGACCUAUCGGGAUAGUUCGGUAGGUGUAUCUACGCAUGAACGACCGGAGAAAAAACGACGGGUUGAUAAUCCUGGUAUACAGCGAUUCUUUCCUAAGAAGGAGAGUUCGUCGGGUGGAGACGCUGAGGCGGGUUUCGAGGAGUCGUCCAACGAUGACAACGACGUAGCAGAUACGGAUAAAACCAAGAUUCGGACAGUAGAGGCGUCGCCGAAUCGAAUUGAAAACCAGCCGAAGCCAAUCACAGACUACAUGGAGCUAUGUACGCGCUGCGAUGCAAGGCUUGAAGGUGCCGAGGCACUCCAGAGCCACCUUGAUUGGCAUCUCGCCAAAGACCUUCAGGAUGAGGAACGUGGCAGGCACACAUUUGCUCGCCACCACUCCACGGGGACACGCGGUCAAAAAACUGCAGCUGCAUCGUCCUCCUCGUCUAAGAAGCCUGCAAGAGGGAAUUCUUCUAGCAGUAAGCUCGAACAUGGGCAAAGCAAAUUGAAGUUUGGAUGAAUCAAUAACCUAGCAUGCCACUCGACUCGAAGCGAACGCUACAUGUGCCCCUGGUCAACUCCAUCUUAUCCAUUCGCCCAGAUGAAUUACUUAUUUUCCCUUUUCAUCUAUGGUGUCCAACGGAGAAGUUAUCCCCCCCAACCCCUAGCAUUGAGUGCGCCUCGAAAGAGCAGGUCCACACCAUUUCAUGCACAUCUCCCUAUUUCGUAAGUUGGGUGAUAAUGGUCUGAAGCUGCCCAUGGGGGUACCAUCCUGCCAUCCUAAGCAUUGAGGGCUUAUGCCGGCGAUGUAGGUUGAGCCCAGGCUCCAGAAAUGUUCGGGCACUGACUCGGCACGGAACCGAAAACAAUCUGGUCCAACAGAAAUGUCGGUCUGCAUGACCCACCACCUAAGGCACAAACAAGCUAUAGCGCGAAGGUGGUGCGAAUAAACCUAGUGGAUUGCUCGCGGUCCUGCACCGAUAGCUUGUUCGAAUAUUCUUUCUUUUUUCGUUCUUCUUAAACCCGCCCAAUCAUUCGGAUGCACAAUUCCGUAUAAGUUGUGUAUAGAUAUUUGU